AUGGUUGUUGGUAGACAUGAUUCUCGUAGGACGGGGGCGAAAGAAAUGACUGAUGAGAUAGUCAUUAAUUGCCGAGCUCAAGAAGGAAAGUCAACAACCCCACCAUCGGAGUUCGGACGCGACCCACUUAAUACUAGCCCACCAAUGCCAGCCCGCCGUUGGAAAAGCGACCUGGAUGCCAGCGACCGUCAAGCGUCAACACCAAGCUCGAAUUCGGAGCUCGCAAGAAAAAGCUCCCAAGAACACCAACCGCAACCCGCAACUGCAACCAUGGACAUCCGGCUGCUGCGCUCCUCAGACAUACCUCAUGUACAACAUGCCAACAUCACCAACCUCCCCGAGAACUAUUUCAUGAAAUACUACCUCUACCACGCCCUGUCCUGGCCCCAGCUCUCCUACGUCGCCGUCGACGUCUCGCGGCCGAAGAAGUCCCCGUACGACGCCCCGCGGAUAGUCGGCUACGUGCUGGCGAAGAUGGAGGAGGACCCGCCCGACGGGGUGCAGCAUGGGCACAUCACCAGCUUGAGCGUGAUGCGCACCCAUCGUCGGCUGGGGAUUGCUGAGAAGCUGAUGCGCCAAUCGCAAAAAGCCAUGGUCGAGACCUUCCAGGCCCAGUACGUCUCCCUCCACGUGCGCGUCUCCAACAACGCCGCGCUCCGCCUCUACCGCGACACGCUCGGCUUCGAGAACGAGAAGGUCGAGGCCAAGUACUACGCCGACGGCGAGGACGCCUACAGCAUGCGCCUCGACCUGGGCGACAUCCGCGAGAAGCUCCUGGACGAGCUCGACGAGGAGCGGGACGAGGGCGAGCCCGUGGGCGAGAUGGGGAAGGAUGGGGGCGGGGAUAGUGCGCAGGCUCUCGUUGAUGGCGGGGACGGUGGGGCCAAGGGGAAGAAGAGGAAGGUUAGAGUCGGACGGGCCUUGGGGGUGGGUGCCUUGGUGGAGAGGGACGAGAGUCAUAAAUAA